CAACUGGAUUUACAAUUCACCGUGGAUUGUAGUCUCACAUUCGAGGUGAAAUUAGUAAAUUCCAGAAAUGACAAGGAAUGUCCAACGACACACCGCCGAUAGAUUCAUCGAACGUGACCAUCAUCGAUGCGACAGAAGGCGCAAGCGCAUCGCGACACAUCAACGACAGCUACGUCCAGCACGUCGCGCUCGCCAUCCUCCUCACCAUCGUCAUUCUCAUCGUCAUCAUCGGCAACACGCUCGUCAUAUUGGCCGUCAUCACGACGCGACGCCUGCGCACCGUCACCAAUUGCUUCGUCAUGUCGCUGGCGGUCGCCGAUUGGCUGGUGGGCAUCUGCGUCAUGCCGCCGGCGGUCGCUUACGCUCUCAUCGGCGUGUGGGAGUUGGGUUGGAUCCUGUGCGAUAUAUGGAUAUCUUUGGACAUUUUGCUGUGUACGGCGUCGAUUUUGAGCCUGUGCGCUAUCAGCGUCGAUAGAUAUUUGGCGGUGACGCAGCCUUUGAGGUAUUCGAGGAACAGGAGAUCGAAACGAUUGGCUUUCGGGAUGAUUUUGAUCGUGUGGACCAGCUCGUUGUUGAUCACUUGUCCUCCGAUAUUCGGAUGGUACGAGCCGGGAAAACACGCCGGGAAAACUUGCAGGUACAACAAGAACACGGGCUACGUAAUUUUCUCGGCGAUGGGCUCGUUUUUCAUACCAAUGGUGGUAAUGUUGUACGUUUACGUGAAAAUUUCCUGCGUUGUGGCCCAAAGACACGACCAAUUGUCCCAUAUCGAUACAGCACAUCCUCGAAAAAACCACAAGUUGAUUUACAACAACAAAGAAGAAUCCGAUAUGGAUAGGGCUUCUUCUGAAUGCGAAGAAACGCAUUUACGUUGCACCAGCAACCACUUGCCAGAAGUGCACAAAAACGGCGAACAAUCCAAAAAACAAAUCACCCAAUCGAGAUCUCUACGAACAAACUACACCUACAACCAAGUCCACGAGCCUCUGGCGCCCUCUUCCAGAUCCACCAGCCUGUAUAGGGCCUCGUUUCCCUUGCGCAGCUCAUCCAGACCGGAAUCACUGACUCUGGACACUUCCGUGUUGAACUACGAGCCCGCCUCCAGGGUGUCUUCGUUCCGAAGGGAAACGAAAACCGCUCAAACGUUGAGCAUCGUCAUCGGGGGAUUCAUCGCCUGUUGGUUGCCCUUCUUCAUAUUCUAUUUACUCACGCCCUUUAUAGAUACGAACGAUAUCAACACGAUGAUUUUGUCGUAUUUGACGUGGCUGGGUUGGAUAAAUUCCGCCAUAAAUCCGUUUAUUUACGCUUUUUAUAGUCCGGAUUUCAGAUUGGCCUUUUGGAGGUUGACCGUGAGGCAUUUCUCGAAGGGCCACAGACAGAACGCGGCCCUGCAGCACAAGUAAAGUCAAUUGAUGGGUUUUAAAGAGUUGGAAGCUCCUUUGAAAGUUGUGUAAAAUGUAGGUAAAUCGCUUCUAUGUUAUAAACAGUUAUAGAGUUAUUGUCGAAUUGCAUGUAUACUCGAUUAUCAGCGUAAUAAGUAUUGGAAUAAUUUGAUCUCUAUGAUACAUGUGUUUGCAGGAGCAAAAUGUGAUAGUUGCAUUUCGAAAAAUCAAUUUAAAUAUGGAGAUUAAAAACAAAUAAUUGUUCCCUUUUUUUUUGUGGCUAAUGUAACACCUACAUGACGAUUUAUUGUACAAAGCUUUGGGUUCU